UCGCGGUGACGUGAGGUGUGACGCGCGCGGAAUAACAUGGCGGAACGAGCGGUGUCUUCGGAUGUGGGACUGGCACAACGUGCUCUGGCGUUUCUCCAUAUUCGUAUUCUCUUCUACAGUUUUUUCAAAUUCCUGGACACAACCGUGAGGACCUGGACCUGGUGGAUCACCAGCUGGUUGCCAUCCUGGUGUCCCACAUCUCAUUCUAAACUGAAGGAGGUUGAAGAGCGAAUGCUUCAGUCUAUCAAAAGCAAGUUUUCCAAGCAGUUUGUCCACAUAUCCAAUGACAACAAACUGUGGACACUGGCCUUUAACAGCGGAGUGGACUGUAAGACUCCUCUGGUGCUGCUGCAUGGCUUUGGUGGUGGGGUGGGGCUCUGGACCAUGAACCUGGACGCUCUGUUCCAGCAGAGACCUGUGUAUGCGUUCGAUCUGCUUGGCUUUGGUCAGAGCAGCAGGCCCCAAUUCAGCACAGAUGCCCAGGUGGCGGAGACGCAGUUUGUGGAGUCUGUGGAGGAAUGGAGGGAAAAACUUGGCCUUGAGACUAUGAUCCUGCUGGGUCACAACUUGGGAGGAUACCUGGCAGCAGCUUAUUCACUUAACUAUCCUUCCAGAGUGAAGCACUUGAUUCUGGUGGAGCCAUGGGGUUUUCCAGAGCGCCCAGAGCCAGGAAACCAAGACCGACCAAUUCCUGUGUGGAUCAAAGCCCUUGGGGACCUGCUCAGCCCCUUCAACCCUCUAGCUGGGCUUCGACUGGCAGGACCCCUCGGCCCGUUUUUAGUGCAGACUCUGAGACCAGACUUUAAGAAGAAAUUUGCCACCAUAUUUAAUGACGACACUGUCACAGAGUACAUCUACCACCUAAAUGUCCAAACUCCAAGUGGUGAAACAGCCUUCAAAAACAUGACCAUUCCAUACGGUUGGGCCAAACGGCCCAUGUUGCAGCGCAUUGGCCUGAUUCACAGUGACAUCCCCAUUACUGUGAUCUAUGGGUCGCGCUCCAGCAUAGACGGCCACUCUGGCAAUUCAAUCAAAGAAAUGAGGCCAAACUCCCAUGUGGAGAUCAUAGCCAUACGAGGAGCAGGACACUAUGUGUAUGCUGACCAGCCAGAGGACUUUAACCACAGAGUGCUGCAUGUCUGUGAAACAGUGAGUUGAAGUAAGAUAAAGAUGAAGACUGGCAGUGCCUGUUUAUCCCACCUUCCCCAUUCUCAGUACAGCUUUGUAUAGAGAAUUGAUCUUCAGUUCAAAUAGCUGAAGUGAAAAGAUUUGGCCAAAGUGCCUUUAUUGCAUCUUACCCGCAUGCCACAAUCUCAGUAUGCUUUUUCCUUUGCCUUUGUUCUCUGUAUACAGCAGAGGUUCUGAUUACUGGUUAAAACUAGAAUACAAGAGUUAGAGGCAUUCUGGUCUCAAUCUGUUUGUGAUUUAAGGUUUUUAUUGAUUUUCUUAAAUCAUACAUUUAUGCAGGGUAUACUUUAACUUAACUUAAAAAGUUAUGAUAUAUUAAUUAUGCUAGGAUGCUACAGACCCCAGUUAAAUUACUUUUUUGAAAGUUUGGGCAAGUAAGUAGUAAACAAUCCUUUACUGGGCCUCAUUUACCAUUUGCUCUUUAAGAAUAAAAAAAAUCUCCUUAAAACCCACUACACAAUUCUGAAAUUCUUUGCAGUGUUUUCCUGCAAAGUAUUUGUACAGUUAACAGUUAAAACAGAGACGGUAGCACCUUUUAUUUAUUUAAUGUAUUUAAUGUAAAAGUGCAGGGAAAGGAUUAAUAAAGAAGCCCAAGGCACUUUUCCAAUUAAAUUUAUGCUGGAUCUCAUUUUAGUUUGAACAAAAAAAAUGAGGCGGAUAUAUGAACUGGAAUAGCAUAAAAAAACUAAAUAAGACACAUUUUAGACAUUUCUUAAGAAUAUUUUGGUGAAUGAGGCCCAAUGUUACCACAUCAUGUGUAAUAGAUGUGCACACACAUUUUAUAUGACAAAAUUUAACAGCAAAUGAAACACAUUCAUAAUUUAAAAAAAAUUACACACAUAUGUAAUGUUUACUACAACAGUAAUGUAGUGCAAGAGAGUAAGAGGGUAAAACAGCCUUAACGAAGGGUUGGAUCAGUUCUAAUAUUUUCAAAACUAAUUCAUACUAAUAUACCUGGAUCAGUCCUAAAUCAUGAUGGUCUACAUCUUCUUUCAGCUGUAGUGUUAUAUGUAUCGUUUAUUUAUCAUCUGUGCCUCAAUAAUUUUUCUCUGGGAUUUGUACUGUACCUACUGCCUUGAUAUGUAGUAAAAAGGAGCACCUUCAUGUAUUUUAAAUUAUAUAAUUAUCUCAAGGCAGGAAGUGGGAGAUUUGGAGUACAGCUGCCAAAUUAAAUGGUAUUAUUUUUAUAUCUUACAGAUCCUGAUUUAAAAAUAAAACUUGGUCUUUUUAAAUCAUGCUAACAUAAUUACAUUUCUGUUGAAGCAGAAAGUUUGAUUGAUUUAUUUAGUUUUUGAACUGAAUAAAGAACAAAGGUUGGCCAGUGAUGAUCAAUAAUCCUCCCUGCAACCCUGUCCACUUUCACAAGUUAGAAUAUUUAAGACUUUGCUUGUUUCUACCUCAUUAAUGAUGUACCUGGUGCCACUGUGAAUUGCUUUUCUUCAAUACACGGCAGGGUGAAAGUACAGCAAACAUGCAUGAUUUGUGCUUGUACAAUUUAGAUGUACUGUUUUAUUUUUGUACACACUUUUUGUGAGGUUGGGCAUUUUGCUGUGCUGUAUUAGGAAGGGACAGAUUGCAGAAAAUAGAUUUAUUCUAUUUUUCCUAAACAAUAUUUGUUUGUCUUCUGUGAAUCUUUACAAUAAAAAAAUUGUUUUAAUAA